UGAAGGUUAAAGUGGGUGGGAGACGCCACUGGUCCUAUAUAAGAUCCUGUCCACUCUCCCUUGGCAUCACUUUGACUUUACUCGUCAACCACACUUCUACAGCGAUGCGUUUCCUCUCAGUACUGACGGUGUUGGCCGUGAUGGUGGCCGUUGCCUAUGGUGCUCCAGGCAUUGGAUAUGGUCGCGGUAUUGGAGGAUUUGGCGGAGGCCUAGGUGGAUUUGGCGGAGGCCUGGGUGGAUUUGGCGGUGGUUUUGGUGGCGGCCUAGGUGGAUUUGGUGGAGGCUUGGGUGGAUUUGGCGGUGGAUUUGGCGGCGGCUUUGGUGGAUUUGGUGGCGGCUUCGGUGGACAUCGCCGCCGGUAUGGUGGAUAUGGCUAUGGCAGGUGAAGCUCCCGGCGUCUGAUGGUGUCUGGCUCCCUCCUCCCGUCUUCUCACUCAUUUAUAUUACUUUGGUAAAUAAAUUUAACUGUGA